AUGUACAUGCAAUGCAUGGUGUACGAUUUGAAAAAGGAACUCGACUUUACUGCUUGGCCGUACAGGCAGACGCUCCCGAGCGUAACGCGCGGGUGUCAGUUAUCCACGGGACGCCGCGACGCGUGUCCGCAUCCCGCGCCAUUAUCCCGUCCGACAGUGUUCCGCGCCGCGAGUGUGUGCUUGUUGUUUAACUUUUUGACAACGUUCUGUGUACCGUCCGGC